AUGAAAGACAAGGAGAACUGGGUAAACAUGUAUGUUUAUAAAUACCCUCACUUUGGAAAUCGUACCUCCAACCGCGCAGAAAGUGCACAUGUUUCCCUCAAGCAUUCUCUUGGUACCUCUUCUGGUAAAUUGAUGACAGUGACACUAAAAGUGAAAAAGUGGUAUCAGGAACUGGUUGAUGAUCGUAAAUGCAGAUUAAUGACAGAGUGCCUCGGAGAGAACACAGAAGUUGUGUUUGACAAAGUCAACGGAGCGAGACUAAAUGACAUUCGUCAAAAAAUUAGCUGCUUUGCAAUGGACAAAAUCAAACUAGAACUAUCAAAAUCAAUCAUACCUGAAAAAUUGACCAAAGAGUGCAAAUGCCUCUUACAUUACAACUAUCUCCUACCAUGCUAUCAUAAACUCGCUAUUUUUAAUACAAUUCCAAUCUCCCUAAUUCCAAGACGCUGGAGAAAAGAUUAUCUAGAAGGAGAAGAACCAGUACCAGCAAAUAUUGCUAAAAUAACAACUAUAUCACCUCAAUUUGAUCACGAUCUUGAGCUUGUUCAUGAAGGCUUUCACAGUACACACAGCAAACAAGAACAAAUAGAUAUACAUAAUUUAGUAAAAAACAUACUAGAAAAAAUGACCAAGCAGAAACUUGAGGAUCUUAAUGGUCCAACAAUAGUGGAAGCCAUCAAAGGCCGACCCAAAAAUACAAAGCGUAAAAUGAUUGCAUUAGAGCACUGCAUUGAAGCUGAAAAAGAAAAAGAUACAAAAAAAAUUAAAAUAGCAAAAGAACAAAAAAAUUUUGCUCUAUUUUCUAGAAAACAAAUAUCCUCAACUCAAGAGCAAAAAGCCUUGCAAAAUAUCACCAAUCUUGGCUUGCCAAUCGAUCACACAAUAUUAACAAAUCUUACUAUUGCUCCUAAACAUAUAACCGAAGUCUUUUCUCCCGAAGCAGAUGGCAACUGUGGAUACCGAGCAAUAGCAAUGGAGAUAUAUCAGGACCAGGAGAAAUGGCCUGAAGUUAAAGAAAAUAUGCUAGAAGCCUACUUAAAAUAUCAGCAUACAUAUUACCAGGGAAGAAUGGAGAAUGACAACAUGCCUGCAUCCACAAACCCGCUCAUAAUCAGUCUCAAAGAUACAAGAUCAUCCCUCCCACAGCAACAUUGGUUCGGAACGAUUGACCAUCCACAACUUGUAGCAGAUGCGUUCAAUAGAUCAGUAGCUGUAUAUUGGAACACUCCAAGAGAAACAGGCGACUGUCUCUUCAUUCCAUUAACUACCACACCAGAAAAAUUCAAGCCAAUAAUCAUCAUCUUGGACAUCAACCACUUUCUCCUUGCGAAACGUAAACCUAUCAGAAACUUCACUUGGCCAAAAAUAAAUCCUUUCCACAAAGUCAUAGUCAAAAGAUAUGGCCUAAGCGACAACUCGAUCAUGUACUAA